AUGGACUCAAGUGAAGUUAUAUCUAAUCCAAUCUGCCCAAAUAAACCAAAAAUUCCCUAUGAGGUAACCAAGACUUUUUGUCCUCGACAAGAAAACUCAAGUUAUUUGAAUUGGUAAGAAUAAGCAAAUGAUAAAUCCAAUUCUGAAUUAACUUAACUCUAUGGAAUGUCUGCUUAUUAAGUACUCACAGGAGAAAAUCAAUUCGAUGGGCAUUGCUGCAAUAAAAUGGCAGAAAUAGCACGAAAUAACUAGAAGCAACUUUAAGGAUAAUUAGCUACUAUGUAAUAAUUGAAUAUUUUAAUAACUGAACAUUAAAAACUCCUAGAUCGUUCCUAUUAACAAUUAAAGGAUGAAAAAUAAAGGAAGGAGUAAUAAUUAGCAAAAAGUUUAGAUAUCAGUUAAGACUUGUUAAAUAAAGAUCAAGUAAUAAAUCAAUGGAAAACAAAAUAUGAAAAGGAAACCAUGCAAAAUCAAUAAAGAGACCAUAAAAUUGAACAAUUGAAGCAAAAGAUUGCAGAGGCAGAAGAAAGGUAGGAACAAUCUGUCGCCAUAGUCGGACUGUAAGAUGAAAUAAAUACUUGGAAGAAUAGAUAUCUUAAUCUAAACAAGACAUUUGAUGAGACAAAGCAUAAAUUAAAUGAACUUUAGACUGAAUCAGAAAAUUUAAAAAGCAAGCAGCCUAAUUAAGAUGAAUCUUCAUAAUCUACAACUACUACAACGACAACAGUUAAAAGAACAAAAAAAUAAUAGGAAUGAAUAAAAAUACAGAGAUUUUAUCAUCGAUAUAUUAUUC